AUGGUAUCAUUUCAAUUUAAUGAUACUACUAUGUAUACAGAAAAUAUAGAAAUAUCAAAUUUAUUAUUUAAAAAAUACACAAAAAUUCUUGAAACUGGUGAAUUAUUCGAUACAGAAAUAUUGGUUGGAGAAAGGCCAAAUAAUAAAAUUUUUCGAUUACAUUCUUUUGUAUUAAAAGUUGGUUCACCAUAUUUUCGUACUGCAUUUUCAAAAAAUUGGAAAAAAGUUGAAAAUAAUAUUAUUAAAUUUGAAAAACCAAAUAUUUCAGUAGAAGUAUUCGACAUUCUUAUCAAGUAUAUAUAUGGUUAUAAACUUGAACUUAAAAAUUAUAAUUUUAAUACAAAUGUUGACCUUUUAAUUGCGGCUGACGAAUUGUGCCUUAAUAAUUUAUGUAUUUUGAUUGAAGAAUAUCUUCUUGGAAAUAAAAUUUUAUUAAAACAAAAUUUUAUUCUCAUUCAUGAUACAACAACCAAACGUCCUCAUUUUGAAAAAUUAUCUAAAUUUUGUGCUUUUACUUUAACGCAUGAUCCUUCGAUAAUUUUUAAAGCAAUUGAUUUCACUAAAAUCAAAAGAGAAUUUCUUCUUAAUAUAAUAACUAAAAACAAUCAUUUAUUUAAUCCUAUUGAAAUUUGGGAUAAAGUUAUGGAAUGGGCUAUUGCACAACUAUCCGAACCAUCCGUUGUAAGAAAAACAUCAUUAAAAACCUUAACUCAUCCAUUUAUCCCAUUCAUUGAUUUUAAAGAGAUAAAUCGUAAAGAUUUUUAUCAAAAAGUCAGACCGUUCAAGUAUAUUUUUGAUGAUAAAUUUUAUAUUAGAUUAAUUGACCAUUAUGCCUUUAAUGAUAUUUAUAUAGAGAUUUGA